CUCGCCGCCGCAGGGACCCGCGCCAUACGUAGCCACGCCGGUGCCGGAGCCAGAGCCGGGAGCCGGGCUACGUGCGUCCAGCCGCCGAGGAGAGAGCGCCCGGGGCGGGGGCGGCAGGCGGACAGCGGCUCGGGGCGGCCGGGGAGCAUGCCCGCGCGGCUACGCUGAAUGGCGCCUCCUCUGCGACCCCUCGCCCGGCUGCGGCCGCCGGGGAUGCUGCUCCGCGCCCUCCUGCUCCUGCUGCUGCUCAGUCCUGUGCCAGGAGUGUGGUGCUUUAGCGAACUGUCUUUUGUAAAAGAACCACAGGAUGUAACUGUCACAAGAAAGGACCCAGUCGUUUUAGAUUGCCAGGCUCAUGGAGAAGUUCCUAUUAAGGUCACAUGGUUGAAAAAUGGAGCAAAAGUGUCUGAAAAUAAACGGAUCGAGGUUCUUUCUAACGGCUCUUUGUACAUCAGUGAGGUGGAAGGCAGGCGAGGAGAGCAGUCCGAUGAAGGAUUUUAUCAGUGCUUGGCAAUGAACAAAUAUGGAGCCAUUCUUAGUCAAAAAGCUCAUCUUGCCUUAUCAACUAUUUCUGCAUUUGAAGUUCAGCCAAUUUCCACUGAGGUCCAUGAAGGUGGAGUUGCUCGAUUUGCAUGCAAGAUUUCAUCCAACCCUCCUGCAGUCAUAACAUGGGAGUUCAAUCGGACAGCUCUACCUAUGACUGUGGACAGGAUAACUGCCCUACCAACAGGAGUAUUGCAGAUCUAUGAGGUCAGCCAAAGGGAUUCUGGAAAUUAUCGUUGUGUUGCUGCCACUGUGGCCCACCGACGCAAAAGUAUGGAGGCCUCGCUAACUGUGGUUCCAGCUAAGGAGUCUAAAUCCUUCCACACACCAACAAUUAUAGCAGGUCCACAGAACAUAACAGCAUCUCUUCAUCAGACUGUAGUUUUGGAAUGCAUGGCCACAGGAAAUCCCAAACCAAUCAUUUCUUGGAGCCGCCUUGAUCACAAAUCCAUUGAUGUCUUUAAUACUCGGGUACUUGGAAAUGGUAAUCUCAUGAUAUCUGAUGUCAGGCUACAACAUGCUGGAGUAUAUGUUUGUCGGGCCACUACCCCUGGCACACGCAACUUUACAGUUGCUAUGGCAACUUUAACUGUAUUAGCUCCUCCUUCAUUUGUUGAAUGGCCAGAAAGUUUAACAAGGCCUCGAGCUGGCACUGCUCGAUUUGUGUGUCAGGCAGAAGGAAUCCCCUCUCCCAAGAUGUCAUGGUUGAAAAAUGGAAGGAAGAUACAUUCAAAUGGUAGAAUUAAAAUGUACAACAGUAAAUUGGUAAUUAACCAGAUUAUUCCUGAAGAUGAUGCUAUUUAUCAGUGCAUGGCUGAGAAUAGCCAAGGAUCUAUUUUAUCUAGAGCCAGACUGACUGUAGUGAUGUCAGAAGACAGACCCAGUGCUCCCUAUAAUGUACAUGCUGAAACCAUGUCAAGCUCAGCCAUUCUUUUAGCUUGGGAGAGGCCACUUUAUAAUUCAGACAAAGUCAUCGCCUAUUCUGUACAUUACAUGAAAGCAGAAGGUUUAAAUAAUGAAGAGUAUCAAGUAGUCAUCGGAAAUGACACAACUCAUUAUAUUAUUGAUGACUUAGAGCCUGCCAGCAAUUAUACUUUCUACAUUGUAGCGUAUAUGCCAAUGGGAGCCAGCCAGAUGUCGGACCACGUGACACAGAAUACUCUAGAGGAUGUUCCCCUGAGACCUCCUGAAAUUAGUUUGACAAGUCGAAGUCCCACUGAUAUUCUCAUCUCCUGGCUGCCAAUCCCUGCCAAAUAUCGGCGGGGCCAAGUGGUGCUGUAUCGCUUGUCUUUCCGCCUAAGUACUGAGAAUUCCAUCCAAGUUCUGGAGCUCCCGGGGACCACUCAUGAGUACCUUUUGGAAGGCCUGAAACCUGACAGUGUCUACCUGGUUCGGAUUACUGCUGCCACCAGAGUGGGGCUGGGAGAGUCAUCAGUAUGGACGUCACAUAGGACGCCCAAAGCUACAAGCAUGAAAGCCCCUAAGUCUCCAGAGUUGCAUUUGGAGCCUCUGAACUGUACCACCAUUUCUGUGAGGUGGCAGCAAGAUGUAGAGGACACGGCUGCUAUUCAGGGCUACAAGCUGUACUACAAGGAAGAAGGGCAGCAGGAGAAUGGGCCCAUUUUCUUGGAUACCAAGGACCUACUCUAUACUCUCAGUGGCUUAGACCCCAGAAGAAAAUAUCAUGUGAGGCUCCUGGCUUACAACAACGUAGAAGAUGGCUAUCAGGCAGAUCAGACCGUCAGCACUCCAGGAUGCGUGUCUGUUCGUGAUCGCAUGGUCCCUCCUCCACCACCACCCCACCAUCUCUAUGCGAAGGCUAACACCUCAUCUUCCAUCUUCCUGCACUGGAGGAGGCCUGCAUUCACCACUGCACAAAUCAUUAACUACACCAUCCGCUGUAAUCCUGUUGGCCUGCAGAAUGCUUCUUUGGUUCUGUACCUUCAAACAUCAGAAACUCACAUGUUGGUUCAGGGUCUAGAACCAAACACCAAAUAUGAAUUUGCUGUUCGAUUACAUGUGGAUCAGCUUUCCAGUCCUUGGAGCCCUGUAGUCUACCAUUCUACUCUUCCAGAAGCACCAGCAGGCCCACCAGUUGGAGUAAAAGUGACAUUGAUAGAGGAUGACACCGCUCUGGUUUCUUGGAAACCCCCUGAUGGCCCAGAGACAGUUGUGACCCGCUAUACUAUCUUAUAUGCAUCCAGGAAGGCCUGGAUUGCAGGAGAGUGGCAGGUCUUACACCGUGAAGGGGCAAUAACCAUGGCUUUGCUAGAAAACUUGGUAGCAGGAAAUGUGUACAUUGUCAAGAUAUCUGCAUCCAAUGAGGUGGGAGAAGGACCCUUUUCAAAUUCUGUGGAGCUGGCAGUACUUCCAAAGGAAACCUCUGAAUCAAAUCAGAGGCCCAAGCGUUUAGAUUCUGCUGAUGCCAAAGUUUAUUCAGGAUAUUACCAUCUGGACCAAAAAUCGAUGACUGGCAUUGCUGUAGGUGUUGGCAUAGCCUUGACCUGCAUCUUCAUCUGUGUUCUCAUCUUGAUAUACCGAAGUAAAGCCAGGAAAUCAUCUGCCUCCAAGACGGCACAGAAUGGAACUCAACAGUUACCUCGUACCAGUGCCUCCUUAGCUAGUGGAAAUGAGGUAGGAAAGAACCAGGAAGGAGCUGUAGGAAAUGAAGAAUCUUUAAUGCCAAUGAUCAUGCCCAACAACUUCAUUGAUGCAAAGGGAGGAACUGACCUGAUAAUUAAUAGCUAUGGUCCUAUAAUUAAAAACAACUCUAAGAAAAAAUGGUUUUUUUUCCAAGAUUCAAAGAAGAUACAAGUUGAACAGCCUCAAAGAAGAUUUACUCCAGCUGUGUGCUUUUACCAGCCAGGCACCACUGUAUUAAUCAGUGAUGAAGACUCCCCCAGCUCCCCAGGUCAGACAGCCAGCUUCUCAAGACCCUUUGGUGUUGCAGCUGAUACAGAACAUUCAGCAAAUAGUGAAGGCAGCCACGAGACUGGGGAUUCUGGACGGUUCUCUCAUGAGUCCAACGAUGAGAUACAUCUGUCCUCAGUUAUAAGUACCACUCCCCCCAACCUCUGAUUCUUUCACUGGCAAUAAUUCAGGUGGAGAUUCCACAAUGGGGAAGUGUGAAGACCCUGCUGUGUCAUCCGUUACUGAGCAGACUUCCUCCUUAGUUCUGCAGCUGCCAUCUGCCUUGCUAUACUUUGAUAAAAAUGAUUUUCCAAUCUAGACGGCCAUGCUCAGGUAUUCUCACCAGUAAGUCUGUUCGAAGGACAAUGAACAGGGAGCCAAAGCUUUUUGUGAAAAUCUUGGUAUCUUUAUGGGGUUUUUCAACUUUUUUUGAAUGUGUUUUUUUUUUAUUAUUUUUAAACUUGUGUAAUUUGAAUGUUUCAUCGUCAGCAAUGUGAAAGAACAGUUGAGAUGUUUGACUGGAUUGUAAAAUAUAUCACUGGAGCAAAGGGAAGACUUUUGAAAGCCCCUUUGUUGACUAUCUACCUCAGUUUGCCUCCUGGCAAACUCUGAAGACAACUUCGUUACCUCAUUAUUUGUUAGAGUUUAUCUCAGCUACAUAACCAAUGAUACUUCCUAGUAGUAUUGUGUUUUCAUUGCUGUGUGUGUAAUGCGUGUGAUCAAAGGAGUCAUAUAGGUAGAUGAGUAAGAAUGUUUAUCUGAAGCUCUGAUUUUUUU